GUGCCACGUUCCCAGCUUCGGAGUUAACAAUCCUUAACUUUUGAGACUCGCUUCGGUCUCCUUAAGGCUUUUAAAAAAUUUUUACCCCAGUUAAUUUUCUCUCGUGUAAAAUUAAAUUUGGAGUUUCGGGUGCCAUGCAGAAAGAUUAAGACCCAGCACCUGUUUGAUACAAGUUCAGGCUCAUUUAGAGUGCGGGGAAAAGUGAAUCCCAGCACACACAGGAUACUAUGGCUGAACACGGGGCUCAUAUCACAACUGCUUCGGUGGUGGACGACCAGCCAUCCAUCUUUGAGGUGGUAGCACAGGACAGUUUAAUGGCAGCAGUGAGACCCGCUCUUCAGCAUGUGGUCAAGGUUCUUGCAGAGUCAAAUCCUGCGCACUAUGGCUUCUUCUGGAGGUGGUUUGAUGAAAUCUUCACUCUGCUAGAUUUUCUGCUCCAGCAGCAUUAUCUUUCUAGAACUAGUGCCUCAUUUUCUGAACAUUUUUACGGCCUAAAGCGGAUUGUAGCAGGGAGCUCACAGCAGCCUCAGAGACCAGCCAGUGCCGGUCUUCCCAAGAGUCACCUAUGGAAAUCCACCAUGUUCCUUGUUCUUCUACCCUAUCUGAAAGUGAAGCUGGAAAAGCUGGCUUCUAGCUUGAGAGAAGAAGAUGAAUACUCUAUUCACCCCCCUUCUUCUCACUGGAAACGAUUCUACAGAGCCUUCCUGGCUGCCUACCCAUUUGUUAAUAUGGCCUGGGAAGGCUGGUUUCUUACACAGCAACUUCGAUACAUACUAGGAAAGGCUGAGCAUCACUCUCCCCUUCUGAAACUGGCUGGAGUUCGGCUAGGUCGACUAACAGCUCAGGAUAUACAAGCUAUAGAUCAUAGACUGUCUGAAGCCAGUGCGAUGCAGGACCCCGUCAGAAGCAUUGGUGAGAAGAUAAAGUCAGCCCUGAAGAAGGCUGUGGGUGGCAUUGCCUUAUCCCUGUCCACUGGCCUGUCUGUGGGUGUCUUCUUCCUGCAGUUCCUUGAUUGGUGGUACUCUUCUGAGAACCAGGAAACCAUCAAAUCACUGACUGCUCUGCCUACCCCACCACCACCUGUACACCUAGACUACAACUCUGAUUCUCCCCUGCUACCCAAAAUGAAGACAGUGUGCCCUCUGUGUCGUAAAACGCGGGUGAAUGAUACAGUUCUUGCCACCUCUGGCUAUGUGUUCUGUUACCGCUGUGUGUUUAAUUAUGUGAGGAGUCACCAAGCCUGUCCCAUCACAGGCUAUCCAACGGAAGUCCAGCAUCUAAUUAAACUCUACUCUCCAGAGAACUGAAAGAGCUCUAGUUCUGUACUGUAAAGCCACAAGACUGCUGUAGUAUGGCAGACAACACUGAUACUUCGCUAAUUCACAACUACAGUAAUUUCCAGUAACUGUAUGGAUUCCUUUAAGAGGAUAUAGCCACUUGAUCUCACUUUUUGGUUUGCUCUCUACUAAGCUGGUUAAGCAGGAGAAUCGGGAUUGCAGGUGGUAUGAGGUGGAUUAAAGAAGACCACUAAGUGUUGCUUGUCCUCAAGAGUAGGGUUUUCAGCUGAAUGUGGUAGUGUAAUAUCUGCAUUCCAGAGAUGGAAGCAGAAUUUUGAGUUCAAGACCAGCUUAGGCCACCAUAGGGAGCCUGUCAAAAAAGUAAAAUGAAAGUGAGAGACUAUGAUUAAAAGGGAUAAAAGUUCACAGGAAAACCCAGGUCAGACCUUAUACAACAGGUGGUUUGAGAAACAGGCCUUCUCUUUAGAAAAUAUUUCUUUACCUUUGAAGUGGAGGCUUUGUCAGACUACAUACAUUAUGAAAUGACUUCCUCUUUCUAGAAAUUCUAAGGGACAUUUUAGAGAAACAAUCCCUCCCAUAUACCUGACUUACUAACAUCUGCUGAUUAUCAAAUUAACAAAUGCUAAUUAUCAGCAUUAGGAGAUUCCUUCAUGAGCCGUACCUGUCUCUCUGGGGAAACAGGUUAAAGAAAACUAAGGGAGGAAUCUGGAAAUUUCAAUGUGAAUGAAAGCUAGCAAGCAAUGGUGAGAAGCUGGAAAAUACUUAUCUAAUGUUUACCAAAUACUCAUCUAAUGAAUAUUUAAUGAGAAGCAAAAAGCUUUCUGCUUGAUCUUAUGAGUUUUCUCAGUUGACAGUUUGCUCAAUUGACAUGAGUCAUCCUGGGUAUUAUGAAAGUUUCUAUGAAACAUUUAAGUAAAUUUUAAUAAUAUGUGAUUCUGGGAAAGGACUGUCCAUGCUGGCAUGAUUAUGUGGAAACUCAAAAAAUUACUUCAGGAGUUUAAAAUAAAUUUUCAGAUCACCUUUGA